AUGUUUUUUUUGUUUUUGAAUUUCUGUUUCAAUGAAAUACAUUAAAUAAAAUGAUUGUUAGGAUAAAAUGUAAUAUGAUAUAAAUUACCAAUGAACCCCCGUUAGGUUUUAUCUGUGAAGCUAAGAAAUGUUAGACUAGAAAGUAUAGGUAUUAAGCUGAUAAAAUAGUUAUCAAGUGCGAAGAUAAUAUUAUCAGUUUCGAAAAAGCUAUAUUUAUUUAAUUUUUAACAUCCAGUUGACUACUAAACACACACCGCCAGGAUGCUGUUGAAACUAUCAUUCAGUACUGCGAAGACUGUUGAGAGGUUGGUGGCCUGCAAUGUUGGGAGAGUGAGGUGGAUGUCUACAGGGAUGGAGAAAGGAUCAAACUUCUUUUUUAGACAGCUCUUCGACACUGUGAGCAGUACUUACACAUACUUACUGGGUGAUAUGAAGACCUGUGAGGCAGUGCUGAUUGAUCCAGUUCUGGAACACGCGGAGAGGGAUGCAGCACUAAUAAAAGAACUUGGUUUUAACUUACUGUAUGCAAUGAACACACACAUGCAUGCCGACCACAUAACGGGUACGGGCAAACUAAAGUCACUGUUGCCGGGCACGAAGAGUGUGAUCGGCAAAGCGUCCGGCGCUCAGGCAGACAUGUUUUUAAUCGACGGCGAUGUGGUCUGCUUCGGAUGCUAUAAGUUGUUGGCUACAGCUACUCCAGGUCAUACUAAUGGCUGCUUAACUUAUAUUUCGCAUGAACAGGGCAUAGCUUUCACAGGUGACACUCUCUUAAUCAGAGGCUGUGGCCGGACGGAUUUCCAAGAAGGCUCCUCUGAGACCCUUUAUCAUUCGGUCCAUAAUAAAAUAUUCACAUUGCCCGAGAACUACACUCUCUACCCCGCACACGACUAUAAGGGUCAGACAGCUACAACAGUGGGUGAAGAGAAGAAAUAUAACCCGAGAUUGACGAAACCUUUAAAGAAGUUCAUCGAUAUAAUGGAUAAAUUUAAUUUGCCAUACCCCAAAAUGAUCGAUAAAGCGGUGCCCGCAAACAGAGUGUGUGGAUUGUAUUAAUAUUUUGUAAAAACCUUAUAAAAAAGCAAUUAUGGGCCCACUGAAGGACACGGAUCUCCUCCCCCAAUGAGUAGAAUUUAGGCCAUAGCCCACCAUGCUGGCCCAGUGCAGAUUGGUGGACUUUACACCUCAACUUUGAGAACAUUAUGUGAAACUAUCAGGCAUGCAGGUUUCCUAUCGACCAUUUGCCUUCAGCGUUGAACCAA